UCUAACACCACUUGCAUUGUUCCAAGCUCUUGCGGAGCUGGAGGAGGAUCUCCCGGAGUUUCGUCCCACUCGAAUCAUCCACACCAGCAGAGCUCCGUCCCGUUGCAAUCGAGCUACUUCAGCGCUGGAGCUGGACCCCUCUCCAUGAAAGACAGGUUUUUGAAUGGUAUAAGUAAAGCAACGUCGUUUGAUUUGCGUCCCGAGCAGCUGCUUCUUUCGGAGGUUCCUGGAGGCUCAGCAGCAGCUCUAGCAGCGCCCGGAUCCGGGAUCUCAGCAAACCAAUCCAAUUUUCCAGGAGCAGCAGCACGAGGAGGAGUCAAUCCAACCUCAGCAGCAGCGCCACCACCAUUCUUCCAGCUUCCAAAGUCAAACGCGAGUAGCACCAGCAACAGCGCCAGCAGCAACCCGGACUCGCCAUACUUUUCAUACUCGAAGCUCUUCCACAACGCGAGCGACGAGUCGCAGCACUGCCUGAGCAGCCUACUCGCGUCGCCUCCGCAGCACCAGCACAACCAGCAGCUGAAUUACUACGCGAGCGAUCCAUCCGGGGCCGAGAAGAUCAAACCGGACACCUCCCACGCGCUGCGUCCGCUCUUCAACGAAUGGCCGCGCUCCAGGGACGCUUCCACCAUGACGUCGUGGUCGGACUCCGACGAUCGAAAGCCUUGCCAGCAGCAGCUCCACAAGCUCAAGCUCGGCGGCGGCGGGACGCAUCUCUCCAUCUCGAUUCCAAGCACGGCCUCUGGAGGAUCGCAUGAAGAUGGCGGUGGGAACGAUAGCAUGGUAAAGCUUUGCAUGGGGAGUAGCGUCGAGGAGCUGACGGACUCGGCCACCAAUGGUGGUGGCGUGGCCGGAGGUGGUAGCAGUGGCGGCGGUUUGAUCAAGCCGGGUGGCGGAGUGGUGGAGCUGGGAUGGUUCUCGGCGGCGCGAGCUUCCGUGGGAGGUCCGCUGGCGGAGGCUUUCAAUGCGAGCGAGGUGAAGUCGUCGGGCUUGACCUUCCUUGGAGGGUCUGCGAGAGAUCUUCGGCAGCUCCAGGUGGUGUCGCCCACGGGAGUGCUGCAGCGAUCCGGGCUUGGAUCGUUUUCCGAGUCGAGCAGCAGCGCGAGUAGCCCCGGAUCGAUCAAAGUGGAGCAGCUGCAUUGACAACAACGUGAGAGAUGGCAGGCUCUGCGAGUGAGAAAAAGAGCUCCCUCCCCAAGUGUUCAAAGAUACUUAAAGAGUGGAUUUUUUUUUGUUU